ACACCUUUCUUUACCCUUAAAUAUUACAUACAACCUUUGGGCCUAGUUAACUAAAUAUCAAUCCUCAAUCCUCGAUUCAUUCUUUUCAAAUUCCUUUCUUCAUAUACGAAAAGGCGGAAUAAAGACAAAAAAAAGACACUCUCCCCCCCCUCUCUUUUGUUUGUGGCAUACGGCUUCUUUUUCGUUUUUCCUUUUUUUUUUUUAUUUCUUUCUAUUUUUUCCUUUAUUUACCACGGGUAUUUUAUCCAAAACGCCUCCAAAAGGGAAUCCCGGCGCAAAACGUCACAGUUAACUAUAAUAACUACUACCUAACUCCUACUGGUUCUUAUAUUCGGCCCAGCUCUCUCUUGCUUUUGGCCCUGCGCCCAACCUGCGCCCAAGCACAGGAACCCAAAAGGACACAUAUUAUUGCAUACUUAUCCUGUACCGUGUACCGAAAGUCAAAGAGCAUUGGAAAGAGGGAACGCGGGAUAUUUUAGGUGAUUAGGUGAUUGGGAGAUUGGGAGACUUGGGUGUGGAGGGAAUCCUCUUUUUUUCUUGAAGCAAAAGAGGAGAGCUACAAGAAACAAAAUACAGAAAAAUAAGAUAAGACACCACGCUCAUGGAGCGCUCCUAUCUCUUCUCGACGGAUGAUGUCCUUGCCCACUUCAACGUCACCGCAGAGGCUGGGUUGUCGAGCCAGCAGGUCGUGACGGCUAGGAAGGCCUAUGGGAGUAAUGCUCUCCCCGAAGAUCCGCCAACGCCCUUGUGGGAACUCGUGCUGGAGCAGUUUAAGGAUCAACUUGUGCUGAUUCUGCUUGGGUCUGCCGUUGUGUCGUUUGUGCUGGCCCUGUUUGAGGGUGGGGAUGAUUGGACAGCCUUUGUGGAUCCGGUGGUGAUCCUCGCCAUCCUAAUCCUCAACGCCAUCGUCGGCGUCUCGCAAGAAAGCAGUGCCGAAAAGGCCAUCGCCGCUCUACAAGAAUACUCGGCAAAUGAAGCAAAAGUCAUCCGCGACGGGCAGGUGCAGCGCAUCAAGGCGGAGGAGCUGGUUCCCGGUGACAUCGUGACUAUCUCCGUUGGCGACCGCAUCCCCGCUGAUUGCCGUCUGCUCUCCAUACACAGCAACAGCUUCCGUGUCGACCAGGCGAUCCUGACCGGCGAGAGCGAGAGUGUUUCAAAGUGCACCAUGGCUGUCAACGACGCGGCCGCCGUGAAGCAGGAUCAGGUCAAUAUGCUCUUCUCCGGCACGACGGUGGUCACGGGCCAUGCGACCGCGGUUGUGGCACUAACGGGCGCCGCGACGGCCAUUGGCGAUAUCCACGAGAGCAUCACGGCGCAGAUCUCGGAGCCGACGCCGCUGAAGAAGAAGCUGAACGACUUUGGCGAUUUGUUGGCGAAGGUCAUCACGGUGAUCUGUGUGCUUGUUUGGCUGAUCAACAUUGAGCAUUUCAAUGACCCGUCGCAUGGCAGUUGGGCUAAGGGCGCGAUCUAUUAUUUGAAAAUCGCGGUUUCGUUGGGCGUUGCGGCUAUUCCAGAAGGGUUGGCUGUGGUUAUUACGACGUGCUUGGCGCUGGGGACGAGGAAGAUGGCGGCCAAGAACGCUGUGGUUAGGUCGUUGCCAUCUGUGGAGACCUUGGGCAGCUGCAGUGUGAUCUGCUCGGACAAAACAGGCACGCUGACGACAAAUCAAAUGAGUGUGGAGAGGAUUGUGUAUCUCAACGAGGAUGGGAAUGGACUGGAGGAGAUAAAUGUUGAGGGAACCACAUUCGCGCCGAAGGGCAGCUUAAGGAAGAAUGGCAAGGAGAUGGAGGAUUUGGCCGUUUCUUCCUCCACCGUGCUGCAGAUGGCGGAGGUUCUGGCGCUAUGCAACGAGUCCUCGUUAUCUUAUGACCCAAAGACAGGCGCGUAUUCCAGCAUCGGGGAACCUACCGAAGGCGCCUUGCGCGUGCUCGUUGAGAAGAUUGGAACGGACGACGCAGCGCUGAACAAGAAGAUUAGGCAACUACCAGCUCCUGAAAGACUGCACGUGGCCAGCAAAUACUACGAAGAUCGCCUCCCCUUACAAUGCACAUAUGAAUUCUCCCGCGACCGCAAGAGCAUGUCCGUGUUGGCCGGCGAGGGUAACCGACAGAAACUCCUCGUCAAGGGCGCCCCUGAAUCGAUCCUGGAACGCUGCUCACACGCCAUCCUCGGCGCCAACGGCCAAAAGGUGGCAUUGACAAAGAAACACACCCAGCUGAUCUCCCAGGAAGUCGUGGACUUUGGCAACCGCGGCCUCCGCGUCAUCGCCAUGGCCUCCAUCGACAACGUCGCCCCAACCCGUCUCCUCCGCACGGCACAAACAACCAAAGAAUACUCCCAGCUGGAGCAGAACAUGACCCUGAUCGGCCUCGUCGGCAUGCUCGACCCGCCCCGCCCAGAAGUUGCUUCCUCAAUCCGCAAGUGCCGCGAAGCCGGCAUCCGCGUCGUCGUCAUCACCGGCGACAACAGAAACACCGCUGAAGCCAUCUGUCGCCAGAUCGGCAUCUUCGGCCCGCACGAGCAAAACCUCCACGGCAAAUCGUACACAGGCAAAGAAUUCGACGCUCUUAGCGAUGCGGAACAGGUCGAAGCGGCCAUGAACGCCUCGCUCUUCUCGCGCACAGAGCCCACGCAUAAAUCUAAAUUGGUGGAUCUCCUGCAGGCACAGGGUCACGUCGUGGCCAUGACAGGCGACGGCGUCAACGACGCGCCUGCCCUGAAGAAAUCUGAUAUCGGCAUCGCGAUGGGCACGGGCACGGACGUGGCCAAGCUCGCAGCCGACAUGGUCCUGGCAGACGAUAACUUCGCCACCAUCGAGGUUGCGGUGGAGGAAGGGAGGUCCAUCUACAGCAACACACAGCAGUUCAUCCGCUACCUCAUCUCGUCGAAUAUUGGAGAGGUCGUGUCAAUUUUCCUGACGGCCGCACUGGGAAUGCCGGAGGCGUUGAUCCCCGUGCAACUGUUGUGGGUAAAUUUGGUUACAGAUGGAUUGCCUGCGACGGCGUUGUCGUUUAACCCGCCCGAUCAUGAUGUGAUGAAAAGGCCGCCGCGGAAGCGCGGGGAGGCGCUUGUCGGGGGUUGGUUGUUUUUCAGGUACAUGGUUGUGGGCUUUUAUGUGGGCUUUGCAACAGUUUUUGGGUAUGCGUGGUGGUUCAUGUAUAAUCCUGCAGGGCCGCAGAUUACGUUUUGGCAACUGACUCACUUCCACAAAUGCUCCACCCAAUUCCCCACCAUCGGCUGCGAAAUGUUCACAAACGACAUGUCCAAAUCAGCCUCGACAAUCUCCCUCUCCAUCCUCGUCGUCAUCGAAAUGCUCAACGCCAUUAACUCCCUCUCCGCUUCCGAGUCCCUCCUCACUUUCCCCCUAUGGAAUAACAUGAUGCUCGUCUACGCCGUCACGCUCUCCAUGUCGCUCCACUUCGCUAUCCUCUACAUUCCCUUCUUGCAAGGGUUGUUCUCUAUCCUACCCCUGGAUAGGCAGGAGUGGAUGGCUGUGUUGGCUAUCUCCUCGCCGGUGGUGGUUAUUGAUGAGGUGUUGAAGUUCUUGGAUCGGAGUCUGUAUGAUAGGCGUACGGAUGUUGUGGAUGUUUCGUCGUCGGCCCAGUAUCAGAAUGGUGCGGCGAAGGGCAAGGCUGCUUAAGGGAGAAAUGAAGGGCGUGAUGAUAGUGCUAAUUGACCGUCUAGUGUAUAUUUUUUAUUCCCCUUGUGUUUGUGGAGACGGAGGUGAAAAGCGGAUAGAAAGAAAGAAAGAAAGAAACAUUAAAAAAAAACCAAAGAGAGAUAGAUACACAUGCACGUUCUGUUUUUUUAUAAAGUUUUCCCCCAUGUUCUCUAUUUCUAUUUCUAUUUAUUUUCUUUUUAAAUCUAUUUGGUCUGUUUCAUUCGGGAUAGGUUGGUGUGGCUAUUUAUUGUGUUUUUUAUGAUUUUCCUUUCGUUUUCUUGUUUGACAUAUGCUUUUCUUUUCUCAUCGGCUUUAUAUUCUAACUAGCCUAUCGCGGGCCACCACCAUGUUAAAUAUAGAGUACAUAUAGAUAGAUAAAAGCAACACAUCAGAGAGAUGGCGGAAAGAGAAAAAUGAUAGUUGUUAUGUACAUACAUUACAUAUCUUGUUUUUCAGUGCUUUGUUUUCUCUCAUUAGUGCUACAAUUUUUUGAUUCUCUUCUCAGUUAUAUAUCUAGGUUUUAUCAUCGCUCAGAUUCAUUCAUGUCCUUCAGCUUUGUACAGCUUUCCCACAGGUGUAAUGGAACCAAGUACGGGGAUCAAAUGAUUAGACAUGCUCUUCUUCUGCACGCCGCCAUAUCGUGUCAGUCAAUGAAGCUUGUUUAGUUUGUUCUUGUGUCUGUAUAUUUUGUUUCAUUCUUUUCUGUUUCCCAGUCUCUUCAACUGUCCUACUGAUCAUGGCUUGUGGAGAUUAACCAAUAUAGAAAAUCAAACAUGUAUGAAACGUAAAACAUUACAAAACAUGGAGGGAUUAGGAGUUGGGUAAGAG